GGAUGCUACAUGUUUACCUUGGAUAAUCCUAUUUUUCUUUUUUUCUGUCUCUACUAACCUAGCACAUCUCUAGGAGAAGAUGACUGUGUUCUUUAGAACACUUCGAAAUCACUGGAAGAAAACUACAGCUGGGCUCUGCUUGCUGACAUGGGGAGGCCAUUGGCUCUAUGGAAAAUACUGUGAUAACCUGCUAAGGAGAGCAGCCUGUCAAGAAGCUCAGGUUUUUGGCAACCAACUCAUUCCUCCCAAUGCUCAAGUAAAGAAAGCAACUGUCUUUCUCAAUCCUGCAGCUUGCAAAGGCAAAGCAAGGACUCUAUUUGAAAAAAAUGCUGCCCCCAUUUUACAUUUAUCUGGCAUGGACGUGACUGUUGUUAAGACAGAUUAUGAGGGACAAGCCAAGAAACUCCUGGAACUGAUGGAAAGCACAGAUGUGAUCAUUGUUGCUGGAGGAGAUGGGACACUGCAGGAGGUUGUUACUGGAGUUCUUCGAAGAACAGAUGAGGCUGCCUUCAGUAAGAUUCCCAUUGGAUUUAUCCCACUGGGACAGACCAGUAGUUUGAGCCAUACCCUCUUUGCUGAAAGUGGAAACAAAGUCCAACAUAUUACAGAUGCUGCACUUGCCAUUGUGAAAGGAGAAACAGUACCACUUGAUGUGCUGCAAAUCAAGGGUGAAAAGGAACAACCUGUGUUUGCAAUGACUGGCCUUCGAUGGGGAUCCUUCAGAGAUGCUGGCGUCAAAGUUAGCAAGUACUGGUACCUUGGGCCUCUAAAAACCAAGGCAGCCCACUUUUUCAGCACUCUUCAGGAGUGGCCUCAGAUUCAUCAAGCCUCCAUCUCCUACGUAGGACCUACAGAGAGACCUCCCAGUGAGCCAGAAGAGACCCCUUCCCGGCCUUCUCUGUACAGGAGAGUGUUGCGCAGGCUCGCCUCAUACUGGGCACAGCCACAGGAUGCCCUCUCCCAAGAGAUGAGCCCAGAGGACUGGAAGGACGUACAGCUAUCCACCAUUGAGCUGUCCAUCACAACCCGGAACAGCCAGCUUGACCUGAUGAGCAAAAAGGACUUUAUGAACAUCUGCAUUGAACCUGACACUGUCAGCAAAGGAGACUUCAUAACCAUUGGAAGUAAAAAAGUGCGAGACCCCAAACUGCGUGCCGAUGGCACUGAGUGUCUCCAAGCAAGCCGCUGCACUCUGCUACUUCCUGAGGGAAUGGGGGGUUCUUUCAGCAUUGACAGUGAGGAGUAUGAAGCAAUGCCUGUGGAGGUGAAACUGCUGCCCAGGAAACUGCAGUUCUUCUGUGAUCCCAGGAAGAGAGAAGAGAUGCUGCAGAGCACAGCCCAGUGAGCACAGAGAUGGAGCCACACUUGAAGCCACUAAUGGGACCAAAAGGGAAUAGAUGCCUCAGCUGUCCCCACAGUGCUGUCAGGAUCCCACAGGCAUUUUCCUGGAAAGUACCCCCUGCCUUCUCCUGCAGUGCUUCCCAUAAUGCACCGUAACCCACAUUGCUUUCAUUUUGGGGUGAGUUGAUCCCUCCUAGACAGUGGUUUUCCUCAGACUGCCUUAAGGACACGCACACGCUCAGUGGAUGGAAAGAGGCUGAAACUGCCGUCUCCCAAAAGUGCACCCACAGUGGAGUGCAGGGUCUUGAGACUGUCUGGGCUCCCCAUUGCUGUUCUGUUCUGUUCCUUCACCAUCCUAGGGAUUCCAGGGAAAGCACUCGCCAUCCUGGAACCUUUUCCUCGUGCUGGGCUCCUCCAUGGGUGCUGCUACUUUGUGAGCUCUUAUUUCAGUUUGUCCUCAAUCCAAAGGCAAAUGUCAGGUUGUUUCCUUCUUUGGCCAAAUGUCUCAAGUAUUGUAAAUUGCUUUUUUUUUUUUUAAAGUAGUGCUUCUUCAGUGUUGGUUUGCAUGAGUACUGUCUGUAGUGCAUGUUGAAAACUGACUUGUCCCUUCCCCUGAACUUAGUAACAAAACCUGGGGAUGGGGCCCAGGCAUCUUAUUAAAAGGCCUACUACAGAAACUGUUUUAAAGCAGUGCUCCAGAAAGUAUUCUGCUCAUGUUUCCCCCAGAGGUAUUUUGAAAAACCAU